AGAAACAAAUGCAGUUUAUAAAGUACGGAAACAAGAAAUGACCCGUCGACAUACCCGCCACCAAGCGGUGGAAGAGGCGGCGCGGGCGCGCGGGCUCCUUCGCGGAUCCGAGCAGACGACGCACGAUGCCGGCGGCGCAUUUUGCGAGAAACUGAAGUACGAAUUUGUCUCCCAUGGUCUCGCGCUGUGCGGCAAGUUCCAGAUUCCUGAUACAUCGAGGAUAAGUGCGGUUGAAGGUGCAGCGCUCAAAAGAACUUUACUGCUUGCCUGUAGAUGCCCUCGCAGUUUACAGGGAUUAUGUUUUCUGCAGAAAAAUGACAAUUGCACUUUCGGUUCCGGCGCCCUAAGGAUGAGGUGCCUCGUAAAAGGCUGCGGGCGGGUGCUCCGUAAAGGUGAUGCCAGCGUCACAUUUCAUCGCGUGCCUACCAAGGAGCCACUGCGAAGUCACUGGCUGGAGGCACUUGGAAUGAGCAGCGACACCCGCCUACCGGGAGUCGAACGUGUGUGCUCCGACCAUUUCUCGGCGGAGUCGUACUUGUCGUGGGACGUCUCCAAGAAAAUGGGCUUUGAGCUAAAACGUAAGCGCCUGAGCGACGAUUCGGUCCCGUCACUUCACAUGGGCGCCGCACCUACUGCAGUGGGCAAGCGGCGCAGGACGGAUGAUCCAGAAACACCGGCAACAUGCAAGGAGGACAUGAGAACAGAUCAUGGUCCAGAACACACCAUUGAUGAUCCAGAAACACCGGCAACAUGCAAGGAGGACAUGAGAACAGAUCACGGUCCAGAACACACCAUUGUGCUGUCUGGGCAAGACUUGGCAGUCAGCCCCAUUGAAAUCGUGCCUGUUGAGGAGGAUGUACCCGACUCUCUACGUUGUUCUGAGCUCCAGCUCACAGCUAGCAGCGAUCAUGGGAACAGCAUCUCUCUGGCAUCUGCUGAUCACACAUACAGCAUCGAAAAAAAGUUUAAAAACAAAGCUACACAAGUGAACGUCUGCACGAAAGAGUCAAAAGAAACCCAAACAGACCCGUGGCAACCAGCACCUGCGCCACCAGAUGCAAGUUCUGCUCCAACCACCACAGAGCCAACACCUGUGCUGCCAUGUGCAAGUCCUGCGCCACCUGCUAUGGAGCCACUACUUGCGCUGCCAUCGACUACCGAGAGGGCAAGCAAGGAAAGUUUCUUUGAAGAGCGGGUUGCCCCUUCACACAAGCCAGCAGAAGAAGACUUCCUGCUUGGGGACAUUUCAUUUGAAACUCCAAGAAUGUGUUCAAGCCCUGUGCCGGUGGAAGAUGCAGACACAACUUAUGAGCCAUCUCAGGAUGAGAGCUACCUAAGCGACUCAGCCCCAUCGCACCCCCCGCACGAGGAGAAGAAAUACAUUGUGUUUCAAAGUUGCCUCCUGCAGCUGUUCCGGCAGUGCAUCACAUGCCAUGCAACAUGCACACUUCAAACCUGGACCCAAGGCACAAUGAUCAAGGUGAAGGCUGUGUGUCCCGACAAGCAUACGAGGACUUGGCUGAGUCAGCCACUCAUCAAGAACAAGGCUGCUUGCAACGUCCUCCUGUCCACAGCUAUUGUGGCCACUGGUUCCAGCCCUUACAAAGUGCUGAGGCUCCUGGAACUCAUCAACAUCCAGGCUAUUGCAGAACGAACAUACUUUCUUUACCAGACAGCGAUCGUGCAGCCUGCAAUUGAACGAGUGUGGAAUCGAGAGCAAAAGAGGCUUCUUGAAGAGAGGCGGGGAAAGAAAGUUCACUUGGCUGGAGACGGGAGGUUCGAUUCGCCGGGCUUCUCCGCUAAGUGCAUGACGUACACGUUCAUGGAGAUGGACACCAACCAAGUCGUCUACUUCGUACAGGUCUGCCUUGGAGAGGCUCCUGAGGUCAAGACCAGCAACUCCAUGGAGCUGUAUGGCUGUGUCAAGGGCAUAGAUUUCCUCAAGCGGCAGGGCAUCACCAUUGAAGACUUGGUGACCGACCGUCACGUCGCCAUCAAGGGCCACAUGAAGACGAAGGAGCCCGAGAUCCAUCACUACUUCGAUGCUUGGCACAUAGCAAAAGGCGUAAGCAAAAAGAUGCUGGCGGCGAGCAAGUAUGCAGGGUGUGGUGCCUUGGUGCAAUGGGCACAGCCUGCCUCCAACCAUGUCUACUGGUGUGCGGCCAACAGCGAAGGAGAUGGCAAACUCCUCGUUGACAUGUGGAAAAGCAUCAACAAUCAUGCCUCGGAUGUGCAUACUGGCCACGGAGGGAUCUACAACCGCUGCCUCCAUGACCCUCUCAUUGGAGAGAGGGAGUGGCUCUCUCCAGGUACCCCAGCAUACAAGCGUUUUGCAGCAAUCACGACACAACGAUUGCUGCUCAGGGACCUCGAGCACGUCUCACCCGCGGGCCAGACCUACAACCUCGAGUCUUAUCACAGUACUCUGACAAGAUUUGCCCCCAAGUCUGUUGCAUUCAAGCCCGGCAUGAUGCUUGCCAGAACCAGGCUGGCUGCCCUCCAUCAUAAUGAGAACUCCACAAGAAGCCAAGCCCUCACAAGGGACGGACGUCUCAAGUGGAAGAGGAGAAUGCAGAGGGCAAAGAAGGGGAUCGAGACCGUCAAGAAGGAGAAAACCAAGCCUACCUAUGCGUACGUCGGCGCACUUCUCCACGAAGUUGUCGCUUGCUGCAACGAGUCGUCCUCCUUCAAGGAGGCACUGGAAAAGACCCGUCAGGAAGAAGUCCUCCCCAUGGCGGCGCUGUACCCAAGGCUCCCCAAAGAGCAGCUGGUGGCGCAGAGAAUGUCGCGCUUCAGCCAGGGGGCGCCAGGACACUCAUGAGAAGGAUCUACUGCACAAGAGACCACCGACACAAGAAGUGAACCAACCUCAGCUAUCCACUGGUGCGGAGUCCAGAGAGGGGUACCGGAAGCCAGUGUACCUCUGGGAGGGAAAUGUUUUUCUUAUUUUAUGAACAGCACAUGCUGGCAAAACUCGCCGGUUUCCAGCGCCCAGGCGACCCCACAUCCAGCGGGUGAAUUGCCGGUACGCCACAAAGCGAUACUUCCUGCAGAAAAGAAAAAUCAAGCGUUUGUUUUUUGUAGACAGGAAAUGAACAGUACCUGGAAAAUCUAAGCGAAGUCCUUUUUCGGGAGGACGUCCAGCUCCCUUGUCACACGGUGUUGAAUGUUGGGAACAGAUCCCAGGUCUAAAUAAAACGGACAAUUUCACGCUUGAAUGCCCACUUCCUCCGCUAACAUUCAUACUGUGAGUAGACGAUCCUUGGCCAAAGCUCCUUUACCGUUUGUAUGUUUUCUUUGCGACAUGCAGUUCCAAGCUUGCCAAAUUGACAAACAUCUUCGAUGCUGUCCUGCCUUUCUUGAAAAUGUUUAAACCCGACAUAAACCUACCUCAGAGUAACAACCUGUUAAAUACUUUUGCACAUGCAGAAAGACAAAAGUUUUCUUGAUGCAUUGUGAUAGCGGUGGUGCAGUCAAACUGGUUGGUGAGCAGGGCGGGGCAUAGAUACUCCAGAGAAUAUUCAGGAAUACAAAUACUGAGAUAUAUGUAUUUUAAGGCCUAAAAUACAGAUGCUAUAUAUCUGUCUUAUGCUACGGGAUGACCCUGAGACACCUCCGAAAAACAUUGAAAAAGUAUUCUGGAAUACAGAUACAGACACUUAUAAAAAUACAUUUGUUCCUGAACGGUGCUACGUGGGGAGGGCAUACUGUUGAAAUUUGGGCUAGUUGGUGAAGCAUGUUUAGGGGUCAAACAGCGCAAACAAGGUACUCUUGCAAUACAUUUGUAUCGCAAUACUGCCCAGCCCUGCUGGUGAGAUCGGUCUAUCUGCAGUAUUCCUGAGUUUUUAAAAUAAUAAUAGCGGGCGAUUGUCCACAGUGGGUGCUUCUGCAGUAUUUGACAGUAGUGUCACCUGUCACGCCAACUCCCAUUAUUUUGACAGGCUGUUAUCUAUAGGUCUAAGAUAUGUGGUGCAGUUGGCCUAUGUGUAUAUACUACUGCCUUUCCAUGUAAUAAAAACACUGUUGAUAUGUU